GGAAACAGAAAUGGUGACUAGUGUUAGUUUUUAACAUUUUGAAAGUAAAUGGUACUUUUUCUUUUUCCUGCUUCCAAACAGGAUCAAUGCCACGAGCCACUGAGGAGCUGAGGAUUGUGCUGGUGGGGAAGACUGGAUCUGGGAAGAGCGCCUCAGGAAACACCAUUCUUGGCUGCGAGUCCUUUGAAUCAGUGAUGAGUCCCACGUCCAUUACUGAUGAGUGCUCCAAGGCCAGAGCGACGGUGGACGGACAAGACGUGGUGGUUAUCGACACCCCGGGUCUGUUUGACACCAGGCAUGGGGUGAACACCACAUGUAGACACAUCAGCCAGUGCAUCUCUUAUGCUUCUCCAGGACCCCACGUCUUCUUGAUCGUCAUUGGACUGGCCAGAUUCACAGAGGAAGAGUUGAAGACAGUGCAGCAGAUUCAGGAGCUGUUUGGCCAGGCUGCAGACAGAUACAGCAUGGUCCUGUUCACUCGAGGCGACGACCUCAAAGGCACCACUAUCGAGGAGUUCAUUGGAAAGUCCAUGGAACUGCAGGAUCUGGUGAAUAGAUGCCACGGCCAGUACCAUGUCUUUAAUAAUGAGCUGAAGACUGGCCCUCAGGUCAGCGAGCUGCUUCAGAAGAUCAGAAAUAUAAUGGAGAAUAACGGAGGAAGCCACUACACCAGCGAGAUGUUCCAGGAAGCAGAAAGAUUAAUCAAUGAGGAGAAACAGCGCAUCCUAAUGGCAAAGGAGGCAGAAAUGCGCAUUGAAAAGGAGCAACUGAGGAGUGAAAUGCAAGCAGUAUACGAAGAACAGCUGAGGGAGCUGAAGGAACAUUUUGAGGCUGAAAGGAUGGAGGACAGGAAGGUCAGAGAACAGGAAAAUCAGGCAAUGCAGGCCAGGCUGACUGAACUGACAAAGGAGGGUGAGAGAUUAAUCAAUGCAAAGGUGAAGAUGGAGAUGGAGAAGUUUAGGGAGAAGCAAAAUAUGGAGCUGGUGGUGGCGAGGGAGCGUCAGGACAGGGAGAAGAUGCAGGUGCAGAAUAUGUUUAUGGUGUUAAGCAUGCAGAACAAGCAGAACAUGAUGGCGAUGCAGAAUCAACAGCAGCAGCAGCAAUGGGAGAUAGAAAGGCAGAGAAUGGAGCUGCAGCAUAGAGAUGAUGUAGUGAGAGUGGAGAGGGAGCUCGACAGAGCUCGGUGGGAAGCAGAAAAUGCAAAAAUAGUAAAGGCACAGUAUGAAGGAGAGCUUGAAGCCAAAAAGGAAACUUUGGAGGAGAUGUAUGAAAGAGAGGCCAGAGAAAAAGCUGAAUUAGAGACAAAGUUUCAACAGAAGCUGGAAACUCAGGAGAAAGCUUUGGCAGUGAUGCAUGAAAGACAGGCCAGAAGAAACGCUGAAGAUAGAAAUCCAGUGAUGGCCAUCUUGCAGACUGCAGGUGAACUCUACAAGAAUGUGAGAGAAGUUUUUCAUCAAUUUCAGAAUCCACACAUGUAGACUUCAGGGUUGAUGCAGGAAACAAUAGUUAGAGCAAAUGCAUGGUCAUGAUGUUCAUUUUUUGGUCUUUAAUUUUGUUUCCAUCUGUCAUCGAAUCGUAUGAAGUUUGUUAAACGUCGUAAAAGAUAAACCAUGAUCAACGCUACCUCCACAGAAUUUUUAAAAUAUCACUCUGCAGAAACUAAUGUUGAUCCUGUUGAACAAACACAGAAGUGUGAUGUCUACCUCUAUUCAUCUG